AUGACUAGUAAUGCAAAUAGUAGUCAGCACCGACCUGAUUACAUUGAAAAUAUCAGAACACUUCAUUCUUACACUUCCACAGUUCAACAAAUAGACAGUGGGCAACAUGUUGUUGCAGAAUAUGACGACGAUUCCGCCAAUAGUAAUGAUAACAAUAUUAUCAUUGCCACAGCACUCUGCGUGAGCAAAUCCCAACAUAUUGCUAAAGAAAAAGACACUAAGUCUGCUGCUGGUAUGACGAAGGCUAGCCAAUUUACUACCACGAGUGAAAAUCAAUAUUCUGCCGAUUCCGAUUUUCAGCAGCUCAACGAGUUUGCAGUCAUCGUGAAAGAAAGUAAUCCGUGUGAUGAUUAUGAUGAUGAUGAUGAGCAGACAAUAUUAAACGAUCCGCAUGUUACCGUGGACGGCAUUACAACUGACAACAACGGAGAAGCUCUUGAGGAGACUCUUGACGAACAUAACUUUCAAGCUUUGGCUAUACACAAUCAUCACGACGACCAUUCUCCAGAAGAAGGGCAGCAUGGAUCACCGCUAAUUCUGCCAUAUGCACCAGACUACCAGCAUUUGAAUGGUCUACUUCGUCGCGUUUUACACCAGGUUCAAUUGACUGUUAGAGACGCAAAUGGCAAUAUGCGUCCUCAGUGGCAGACCGUAAACGAAGUAACCUUUGCAUUCGAGAAUGAUAUUCAUCCAGAUCCUCGCAUCAACCGAAGAGACAUCAUUCAAGUCGGAACUCCUAUUAUUACAUGUGACGAAUGUUUUAGAAACUACCAAUCCGAUGUGGAACGCAUAGUUGGCCCAUUUCUUCAACCCGGAGAUAGUCCUACUAACCAUAUCUUCGUAACAAUUUCAGGCCACACUGAUAGCGAACCAAUCCCUGCUACUCCUCCUGCUCGAUAUCGAAAAAGAAACAAUUUGACAAAAAGUACAAAAUCGACUGUUUACAUAGACAGCGAAAUGUGA